AUGGAAAACUCGGCUUACCCAGCUACCGCCCAAGUCGCCAACCAAAAAGCCCGCUGGCUGGCCAAACAACUCAACCGCAACACCAUUGACAACAAUGCCUUCACCUACAAGGACCUCGGUAUCAUGGCAUACGUGGGCAAUUGGAACGCAAUCAUAGCUUCCUCGGGCGGAAAUGUCUCUGGAAGGGCUGCUUGGUUGAUUUGGCGUGGUGCAUAUUUGGCAAAGAGUGUGAGCUGGAGAAACAGGAUUUUGAUCCCUACGUACUGGUUUGUCAAUUGGCUGUUUGGCAGAGACAUUUCCAGGUUCUGA